AUGGCGAGGACGCCGGCAGCGGCGGGGUCCGCGGUGGGGAUGGAGAUGCCAAUAAUGCACGACGGGGAACGGUACGAGCCCGUGCGGGACAUCGGGUCCGGCAACUUCGGCGUCGCUCGCCUCAUGCGCAACCGCGCCACCGGCGACCUCGUCGCCGUCAAGUACAUCGACCGCGGCGACAAGAUCGACGAGAACGUGAAGCGGGAGAUCAUCAACCACCGCUCGCUGCGCCACCCCAACAUCAUCCGCUUCAAGGAGGUCAUCCUGACCAAGACUCACCUCGCGAUCGUCAUGGAGUACGCCUCAGGCGGGGAGCUCUUCAACCGCAUCUGCAAUGCCGGCCGGUUCGGCAAGGACGAGGCUCGCUUCUUCUUCCAGCAGCUGAUUUCCGGGGUUAGCUACUGCCACUCCAUGCAAGUAUGCCACCGUGAUUUGAAGCUCGAGAACACUCUGCUGGAUGGAAGCACCGCGCCUCGCCUCAAGAUAUGCGACUUCGGUUAUUCAAAGUCAUCUGUUCUUCACUCCCAACCAAAGUCCACUGUGGGAACUCCAGCAUACAUUGCUCCUGAAGUUUUGCUGAACAAGGAAUAUGACGGCAAGAUUGCCGAUGUCUGGUCAUGCGGCGUGACCCUCUACGUGAUGCUGGUUGGCGGGUAUCCUUUUGAGGAUCCUGAAGACCCUAAGAAUUUCAAAAAGACAAUUCAGAAAAUACUGGGUGUUCAGUACGCGGUUCCUGACUACGUCCAUAUAUCUCCAGAAUGCCGAGACCUGAUAUCAAGGAUUUUUGUUGCCAACCCAGCAGAUAGGAUCACGAUGCCUGAGAUAAAGAGCCAUCCUUGGUUCGUCAAGAAUCUCCCAGCUGACCUCGUGGGCGAUGGCACGGUGAGCUACGAGGAGCCGGACCAGCCUAUGCAGAACAUGAACGACAUCAUGCAGAUACUGGCGGAGGCAACAGUACCAGCCGAUGGCGCCCGCGGAACGACCAAGUUGUUGUGUGACGACCUUGAUGACUUUGACGACGAUAUGGACCUAGACUCGGACCUGGACCUCGACAUCGAGAGCAGUGGAGAGAUAGUGUAUGCCAUGUAA